AAUAUUGAAGAGUUCUUAUCACAUCAUGGCGACAUCAGGAGUGUUUUGUAGCAUUUCUCGCCCAAUUUGGCAUCGUUUUAGACAGGCAGCAUGUUCACGACUGACAAUAAAGCAUCAGACACAACGUCUCCUACAUACAAGGCACAUGGUACCAUAUUCAGCCCUAACAACACAACGUAUUCCUACAAAUAGCCGCGCCUUUACCAUCCAGUCACGGAGUAUGAGCACGGACAAUACUCCUAUCCCUGGCUCACAACCCAACAGUCCUGUUCAAGGAUUACCACUAGUAGAUGCAGUGAAAGGCAAUCUUGUGUAUUAUGGGCCCAUCACCAAAAAUAUUAAAAUUGUAAAGUAUUUCUCCAUUACGACAAGUGGAAUAUUUCUAUCGAUGUUCCCCUUUGUUUUACCCGAUGUCGCGAAGUUACCUGCAGUGCUACAGUUCAUGUUAGGGGGAGUCGUGGGUGCUUUUACAUUCUUAACCCCUGUGAUGAUACAUGUGUUAACCAAACGCUACGUGACAGACUUGUACUAUAAUGAGGACUCAAACACCUUCACAGCAACAACAUUGUCCGUCUUUUGUCGCCGGAAAGCGACAGUGUUUACACCAGAGGAUGUCACACUUCCUAGCGUGGCAUCACUUUUCUGUGUCAUUAAAGUGAAAGGAAAACCAAUGUUUGUGGACCCGUCUCUGUUCAGAAGUAGAACUGCUUACAUUAAACUCAUGGGCUUUGAUAAACCAAUGGACUUCAGUGAUAUAGAAGGCUUUGAUAAAGAGAAGGAAGAUUAAAACAAAGACCUACAUAUUUAUAAAAAUAAAGCAGAAGUGAUGCAAAUGCUAUAA